UAGCAAUCAAACAGCGAACAGGUACUUCUCUCUCAACACUGACAGCAACAGUUUAACAGCCUUGAACACCUUGGACUUCAGCUGUUAGGCUCACAGUUUCCGUUGCAAGAGCUGUUCUCUCCUGACACAUCUCUCCUGACUUCAUAUCAGUAUUUCAGGAACUCCUUACUUGGGUUAGAAGGAAGCCUGGAAAACUUAAAAUAUCAAUCAAUUCAAACAAAAAAGCAAAAAGCUUAACCUAAUAAUUGAAGGAUAAAGAUGAGCCUUAUGAAAGAGCGUAAACCAAAAAAACCUCAUUAUAUUCCAAGGCCUCCAGGAAAACCAUUUAAAUACAAGUGUUUUCAGUGCCCGUUUACUUGCAAUGAGAAAUCCCACCUUUUCAAUCACAUGAAGUAUGGCCUCUGCAAAAACUCGAUUACUUUAGUAUCUGAACAAGAUCGCGUCCAAAGCAUCAAAUGUUCAAAAUCAUCUUCUUUGGAACCUAAGCAGAUCAAUCAGACAGACCCUGCUGCCAAACAAACUUCCACUAAAGCCAUCCAAAAUCUCGACUCUAAGCCUCAAUAUGCUUUUGCCAAAGAUGAUGCUAAGGAAAACAUGGACAUUCAAAAUCAAGCAACAAGUAAAUCAGUAAAUGGGCAAAAACCAUUGAUUCAGAAGGAAUUAAUUCCUGAAGUUGCAAGUACAACCAAUGUACAGCCCAGCCUUGAAGGCAUUGUGAGACCCUCUGCUUUUGUGCCUGUAGGAGAGCAUCGACACAGUAAAGACAGUAACGAUAUCUCUCAGUUGACAUCUCUCUCUGAUUCAAACAAAAGUUCUCCUUUCCACACCAAGUCAGCAUUUCAUGCUCCAAACCACCCAUGGAAAACAGGUUCAAGUCUUAUCACACCAGAUUUUACCCAUAAAAUCCCAUCUGCAAAAGGUUUUGCUUCUAUUCCAUCUUAUAUGCAGCCUAUUAUUCCAGAAUAUUCUCCUUCACUGUAUGAGCAUGGACUGGCUAUCUAUGCACCUUACUUCCUUCCAGGCAACUCUCAUGAGUGUGAAAGUUCAGUACUCUCUGUCUAUGGCCCUCAAGAUCAAAGACAUUUUCUUCCUCACUCUGGACCACUCCCUAAACCAAUAAAUCCAGCAUCUUAUGAACACUACAGAUUAUUCCAGCAGUAUCAUCCCAAUCCCCCAGUACCAUAUGGAUUUUGUAGGCCAACAGAAUCAGCAUUUUACAGGCUUCCGCAUAUUGCAAAUAUCAAUAGAGAACCAAGCUCUCACUUAACAGAGGAAACAACCUUGCUGUACCCAGUUUCUCCAAGCCCCACCAGGCUGCACCUGUUGAAUUCUCAUAAAAAACCAGCUGAUUAUGAAAAAGAAAAUCCUUUGCUGCCUAACAAAAGCCAUUCCAAAGAAGACCACGCUGAAAGAGAAAAUGCCAAAAUGAGCCCUCGCGCUGGAAGUGCAGCAACAGGAUCCCCUGGAAGACCCAGCCCAACAAACUUCACUCAGACAAGUCAUGCUUGUGAAGGUCUGUUUGAUCUUUCCAACAAGUCAGCUUCCAUUAGUAUGAGCAAGCAUGAAAAACCUCAAACGGAAGAAAGUUUCACAGCAUUCAGACCUGUGAAGAACAGUACCGACCAAUCCACUCAGCCUUCGCCAAACAAAGAGGAAGAAAACACACUCAGAAGUGGUGAUGUCACAAGUGAAAAUGAAAAUCCAGAGCAUUCAAGUGAUGACAACGAGGACGCUCUGUCCAAUUCUGACGACGAUAUAGGAGUAGCGCCACUUAAUCUUUCCAAGAAGCCGGAUGCAAACGGCGCUCACAAGCACAUGUUCAACAGCACUCUCCACAUGGAAACACAGAACUUUGUAGAACUGCAGGAAAUGCCUCUGAAUCUCUCUGUAAAAGACAGCUGCAACAUGAAAUCAGCGCACCAGAACUCACUGUAUGAAGUUGAAAACCGAGAACCUCCAAAAACGGAACAUCAAAGUUUGGAAACUGAGGCGUGCAGCCUUAAAAAUCACAUGGAUAACAGCUCCUGCAAUAAGACUCUCAUUAUGAUGCAAGGGAAAGAAGUUCAGGAAAUAAGGACCAUUGACAAUUGUGAUGAGCAGAAACAAACUGCAGCUGUUGCUCUCUGUCAAUUAGCUGCCUAUAGUCCUAAUAAAGUCCAAAUGGAAAGUGCAGAACAAAGUAAUCAGGACAGCAAUUCUCAAUGUAAUGCUGAAACUUCGCAUACACAGGACAACCACUGCAACCAAAAAGCAAAAGGACAAAAAAGGACCAGCCAAAGAGAAGGGGCAAAACUACAGCAAGGUACAAAAAAAGUAAAAACAAAUGAUUGCAGUAGAGUGUUUACUCUGAGGAAGAGAAACCGAGUAUCAUAAUAUUUCACAUUCCAAUGUACUAUUAAGCAGCUUCCAACCACUCUACUGAUCAGAGCACCAACAUUUCUGGCGCUGAUUCCCAUCUUUCAAUAUGGCUGAUUUGUUUAAAGAUUCAAAAUAUACCAUGCAAGUAUAAGCUGUCCUUAUUUUUGUAUUUAUGUUGUAAAAUAACCCACGCAUCCUGAGUAGAACCUGAUUUUCUCUGACUGUACAAAUGUAAAACAAGUUUAAUUUUAUGUUUCUUAAGUGCACUAUGGUAAGAUGACUUGUAUCUGUUUUUUUUACAUUACAAAAAUGUAAAAAAUGUACAAAUGUAACCUUUAGAAAAAUAUGAUCUUAUUCACAACAUACUAGGUCAAAAUAUGUCUGUGACUUAUUUCAGUCAUGCCUUUUUGGGGGGAAGUUAUUGUUCAGUAAGGUUGUUGAUUUCUCUAUAACUUAACUGAGUGUGAAAAUUUCAUAAGUUCUUCAACAGGUGUUCUGAAAGACAGUAUGCUUUGAUAUCUGGGAUGGGGAGAACUUGUAUUAAUUCUGGCUAACACUCUGAUUUGCAUCAAUUUUAUGUGAAGACAAACAGCAAAAGAAUUCCACAAACCUCCUCUGUGGUUGAAGCAUGUCUUGCUUUAUUUCAAAUCAAUCAAGAUAAACAAAUAUGAAAUUGCUUUAACAUUCUAAUUUUAAACACGGACACAGGGUGAAAAGCGUAAGGGGUAGCACUGUGUACAGCAGCAGGACCAAAGCAAUUUAUGAGUUUAGCAAGACUUACAACAACACAAUAAACACUUGCAGUGGUGGGAUUCCACUUUCCGCACUGAUAAUACAUCAUCAUCAUCAUCAUCAAUAAACAGUUAUCUAAAUGGGGCUCAACUGUCUUUGCACAUUCCUCACAAAAGGAUUAUUUAAACUACAAUUCAACAAGUUUUAUUUAAAAUCCUGGGGGUGGGAUUUUUGAAGGAGUUCCAGUUGUUAAAGUCUGAGAGCAAUGCUUCCACACAAAUGCUCUCUUGCUUGUUGGACAGCAUCUUUGGAAUCGGGCACCCAGACAGUUAUUUAUUUAUUCCCUACUUAUAAAUAGCAUGCUAGUGAAGGUUUUGUUGGUAUUGUUGGCAUCCAUAUGAAUUUUAAAGCACUAAGCAGUGGUGUGCUUUUUUUCUGUGGCAAAGUUGAUUUUUUCUAUUUCAUUUUGCAAUAAAUGCUUGUAUUAUACAAAACACUCAUUACAGUAUAAAUAAAAGUGUUUAUACUGCUUU